UGUAUCUUGUCUGUGGAACGCUGGAAAACUUCCCUCGCUGGCCUCGUUUCUCGUAUUUAAGACUGAUACUUUGUUGCCCAUUGAGUUUUGAGCCAGAGGUAGUUUCUAGAUAAAAACAGAUUUUUGUAAUGGCUUCAGAAAUCCAGCUCUUCUCUGCAGAUCUCAUCUCGCCAAAAGUCCUAGCCGCUCUUCCUAAAGGCUACAUCGCCCGCCCACUCCAGCGAACAGACUUCAACGAGGGGCAUCUGGAUGUCAUUCGAGAUCUAGCGUAUGUUGGUGAUAUUACGGAAGAUAUGUGGAUUGAAAGAUUCGACUUGAUGAGAAAUUGUAAGGGAACUUACUAUGUGGUUGUGAUUGUGGAUGAGAAUCGAGCUGGAGGGAAAAUUGUUGGAACCGGGUCGUUGAUGGUGGAGAAGAAGUUCUUGUUCAAGCUCGCAACGCAAGGCCACAUUGAGGAUAUUGCAAUAAAAUCAGAUCAGCAGGGAAAGAAGUUAGGAUUGAGGCUCAUAGAGGCUCUAGAUUAUGUGGCGGAGAAAGUCGGGUUGUUGUCGAACAUCCUUGAUACUUCAGAAGGUAAGGAAGGGUUUUACAAUAAGUGUGGAUACGAGAAAGCAGGUUCGGAGAUGCAUCACUUUUUU